AUGGAGUUGAACGGGUUGAGUAACACCCAGAAUGUCCAUAGAAGAGUACAUCGAGCCGGUCCGGAGCAAGGAUUCAACCACUUGUUGAACAACAAUAAGCUCGGAAUAAUCGACAAUCCGAUCCACUAUCGCCCGCCCGAUGAGCUCAAGAACGACGUCAGGUCCUUCUACGAAGACCAUCAGCUUUCCCAAGAAUUAGAUCUUGAGCUCCUAGUCCGCGGCGCUCUCCUAGCACGAGAUCGGGAACGAUUUAUGAGAGACAUAUCCAACUAUGACGAUGUCGAGGAACGCGCGCUCGAGGAAGAGGAUAACCCGAGGCUCUCUCGCCAACCAAAGGAACUGCAAGUCGUCCUCCUGGCUUGUGCUAUUGGCGCUAUUGUGCAAGGAUGGUCGCAGGAAAAUCUUACCGGCGCAAAUCUUUCGUGGCCGAUGGAACUUUUCGAUGUAGUAAAAGCAGACGGUUCACUCACUACCCCUCAAACAUGGAAAUUUGGUGCCGUUAAUUCGGUAACUUAUUUUUCUGCAAGCUUGAUAGGAGGGUGGCUCUCGGAUCCCCUGAAUGAGCAUGUCUGGGGGCGACGCGGAGCUCUGUUCAUUGCCGCUCUGGUUUCUCUUGCCUCGAGCAUUGGUUCGGGAUAUGUGCAAAGUUGGCAGCAGCUCUUAGUAUGCCGGCUCUUCCAGGGCAUCGGCAUGGGAGCCAAAGCAUCAAUCGUCCCUAUAUUUGAAAGCGAAGUUAGCCCUCCAAAUAUCAGAGGGCGUUUCCUUGUAUCGUGGCAGUCCUUUGUCGCAUUUGGGCUGUUCCUUGGGGCGUGUGCAAACCUCAUUUUCCAUAAUAGUUGGAGAUGGCAACUUGCUUCUGCUUUCAUCCCGGCCGUUCCUCUGAUGUUCCUGGUGCUAGUUUGCUCGGAAUCCCCACACUGGCUUGUCAAACAGAAUGACUACCCUCGCGCAUGGAGAGCAUUCAAGGGCCUCCGGGAGACUCCUCUGCAAGCCGCUAGAGACCUAUAUCAGCUUCACUGUCAGCUCCAAGUCGAAACCAUUCUCCUUGGCAAAGGCGAUGUCGUGAACGAGAUUGAGAACUGGACACAUACAGUCAGCGGUAAACUGUUUCAACAAGAGGCCCGACGCACAAACUUUUUUCAACGGUUUGCACAGCUUUUUACUAUCCAGAGAAACCGCAGAGCUUGUCUGGCUGCUUGUGUGGUUAUGGCUGCUCAACAACUAUCUGGCGUAAACAUAUUUUCAUUCCUGUCAAACAAUUUCAUUAGUAAUUCGGGAAAUGCAACGGUGAAAAUAUCUAAUAUUAAAUCCCUGUGGCUCAGCUUCGGAUUUGGUUUAUCCAAUGCUGUCUUUUCCCCUCUGGCAUAUUUCACUAUUGAUAGCAAAGGAAGACGCUUCCUUCUUCUCCUAUCCCUAUUUCUUAUGAUUCCGCUGCUCAUCGCUGCAGGUUUCAGCUUGCGCAUAAAUUACACAGAUCCUAGCAACCCAAUUCGAGUCGGAGUUUUCGAAACCUUUCUAAUCCUGUACACCGCUGCAUACUCCCCCGGUGCUGGCGUGGUUCCGUUUUUAUAUUCGAGUGAAAUAUUCCCACUUGUCAACCGCGAGGUCGGAAUGUCGCUGAGCUGCACCGUCAACUUUUUCCUGGCAGGUGUUCUCGCCUUGACAGUUCCCCAACUGCAAUCCUCUCUAGGCCAGACACGCCUUCUCGGACUGUUUGCAGGCCUGGACGCCGCUGCCGCCAUCCUGGUCUGGCUGUUCGUCCCCGGAACGAGAAGAACAAUCUCGCUCGAAGAAUUCAACUACAUAUUCGGCGUACCCACUCGUGUUCACGUGCAAUAUCAGAUCAAAAAGGUACUGCCGUGGAUUUUAAUGGCCUGGAUUCCAUGGUUUUUGUCCGACUAUCUUCCCUGGGUGAUCAGGUGGUAUCUGUGCUGUGGAGCUGGAAUGGCCGAGCACGAACAGAUAAGAGACAAGCUGGAUCCGCUGGAGGCAUUGUACCAGUGGAACUCUGUGCGAAGAAUGGAAGCUGAAGAGUAUGAAGAAGGAGAAGACGAUGAUGCUAGAAGUGACGAAGUGCGGAUCGCACGAGGAAAGAACGUUGGAUUAGGGCUGGAGAACAUGUAA